AAUUUAACAGGUGCAAUGGUGGUGCUAUGCGUCAUCCGCCAUUACUGUUGAAAAUUGUGAAAGUGUUUUACGAAGCUGUUUGGAAUAAAUCAGAAAACCCUGUGAAAAAGUUGAUAAAAGUGAAAUGUGUAAUUGAACAUGAGUGAUUAUAGGAUGAAGGACGAUAUCGACAAAAAUUCGAAUACAUCUGAAUUGUCAGUGGAAAGUUCUUGUGAAGUUUCGGACUCGUAUGACAUGUUUUUGAACAAUAUAUCCAUACCGGUUUCUAUAGUGUCGAGGAAGCUAGAUUUCAAUAAUUUGGACGAUGAUGAUGGCAAUGGAGAGACUCCACGGCCGCCGACGUUUAGCCCUCCGUACAAACGGGUCAGGGCUCUCAAACUCUUCGACAGCCCGCACACACCAAAAAGUCUCCUUCUCAAGUGUUCCACGCCUUCCCAUCCCUCGCCGAGGACUAGACUUCACCCGCCGAAAUUCAAUGUGCCCACUGGCAUGCCCUCGGGCUCCAGCCACCACCUGCACCCGCCGUGCGCGGCGCUGUACACGCACUCGUCGGACGAGGACAGCGGGCUGGGCAGCCUGCCGCCCGACGAGCUGGAGCACAGCCGCCGCGCCUCCGCGCCGCUCGCCAACAUCAACCCCUUCACGCCAGACGGCCCAGCGUUGAAGAGAGCCCUGUCGAAAACACCUAAAAGCGACCGGCUAGUGAGAGAGACGAACAUCUCCCGGUACAACGUGGAGUUCGUGGAGCUGGACGUGAUCGGGCGCGGCCACUUCGGCAUCGUGACGCGCUGCGUGAACAAGCUGGACGGCUGCGUGUACGCGCUCAAGCGCUCGCUGCGCCCCGUGGCCGGCUCGGCCGCCGAGCGCGCCGCGCUCAACGAGGUGCAGGCGCACGCCGCGCUGGGCCAGCACCCGCACCUCGUCACUUACUACUCGGCGUGGAAGGAGAACAACCACAUGAUCAUACAGAGCGAGUACUGCGACGGCGGCUCGCUGCAGCAGAAGAUCGAGCAGGGCGCGCUGCCCGAGAGCGAGCUGCUGUUCCUGCUGGCGCACGUGGCCAGCGGACUCGCGUACAUCCACUCGCGGCAGCUGGUGCACCUCGACCUGAAGCCCGGCAACAUCUUCAUCUGCCGCGACGACGUGGCCGCCGCCGCCGACAGCGAGGACAGCGCCGACGACGACGACGCGCCGCACAGCGCGCACUACAACUACAAGAUCGGUGACCUGGGCCACGUGACGUCGACGUCCACGCCGUCGGUGGAGGAGGGCGACUGCAGGUACCUGCCCAAGGAGGUGUUGCAGGAGGACUACACGCAUCUCACCAAAGCGGACAUCUUCGCUUUCGGCCUGACGCUGUACGAGGCGGGCGGCGGCGGCGCGCUGCCCAUGAACGGGCCCGAGUGGCACGACAUUCGCGACGGCAAGCUGCCCGACCUGCCCGCCCUGUCGCGCGACUUCAACCAGCUGCUGAAGAAAAUGGUGGACCCGGAUCCGGCUAUGCGGCCGUCGGCGGCGCGCAUCCGCCGGCACCCGCUGCUGCACCCCGGCGGCAACAAGAGCAAGGCGCAGCUGCGGCGCGAGCUCAAGGUGGCGCGCAUGGAGAACGAGUUCCUCGCCAAGAAGCUGCAGGAGGCCUCCAAGUGCAUAAAGUCGCUAACACCGAGAGUGCCCUCCAGCGGAGUGGUGCAAGAGUCGUCGAAGUACCUCACCAGGUCGGCCAAACGAUUGCAGGCGGCCACCAGGCCGACCAGGGGCACCAGGAAGUCAGAUGCCGACGUCAACAGCAGUAGAUACAGUGCGACGAGCAGUAAAAAGCAGAAAUUACAAAAAAUCGAUCGCUUUUUGAUUCAAGACGGAAAAAUGUCGACAAAUUGUUUAAAUGUCCGUUGCGAAAAUAAAAUGGAGGUGAUGUGGAUGAAGUUUAUAAUUUUAUUUAUUCCGUACAGUCUGAGCCACACGAUACGUGAAGAAAUUAUAUUUCAUUAUAACAACACAUAUAAAUACAAUGAACCCUAUACCGUUGAAGUCAGUAAAACUUCUGAGUUUAUUAUGGAAUUUGCAGGAGAUCACGACGGAUACAACACUCCAGCGCGCGUGACAGUAGCGAGUGACUUCGCCAACCGAACCUACCCGCUGUUUAUUACUGCGAGACAACAAAAAGGUGUAUUCUCAUGGCAGCUGCCAAUGUUGGUGCAAACUCUGGACACACUGGAGCAGUUCACCAACAUAUCGCGAACACUGUGUCCGCAUAACAACAUAUUCUCUGAAGAUGAAGACACGUGUGACGUAUCUUCCCUCAACACGCCGAUUGUGCACCUCACGUCGUCUUCCCCGGACCCCAUAAAGGUCACCAUAACAGUGGAGACGGUGGAAGACUUCUACAUCAAGCUGAACAGUGUCACCAACCUCACGAGCACGCCGAGCCAGCCCAAGUACUACUUCUAUCCGUUCGACCAGGGACCCAACAAGAUGGUGGAUGUCAACUCGCAGAGCAUCAAGAAGAAGUAUAUAUGCAACAGGGAUUUGGAUAUGGAAGAGCAGAGGACACUCGAAAGGUACUUCGUGAAGAGCAAGCAGCGCGCCGAGAGCAGCUGGUGGUCCAAGCCGCAGAGCGUCAUACUCAUGAUAGAGUCGGACGACGACAUCUGCGCCGUCGUCUCCAUACAGAACUUUUCGUGCCCGGUGUUCGACAACGAAAGGGACAUUCUAUACGACGGGUACUACUUGACGAUGACGAGACGCGGCGGCAUCACGCUGACGCAAGACACGUUUCCUCUGGGCUUCUACAUCGUGUUCAUAGUGAAGACCUCUGACGACGACUGCACGGGCAGUGUGUCCAGCAACACAUCGUUACCCAAGAUGGUGCAGUACUUCGGUUGGGAUGACUCGGUCAGCGUCGGGACCAACGACGGUAGAGUCAAGAGGUUUAGUUUCAAAGUGAUCCAGACGAUAUCGUACAAGGAGUACGCGGUGGCGGCGGGCGCGGCGCUCGGCUUCUUCCUCGCCUUCUACGUGGCCUUCGUGCUCGCCGUGCUGUGCCAGCGCCGCGCCGACCACCGGGACACAGAUUCGUUAAGUGCGCCCGUGCUUCCCCACAACAACGAAAACGUGCGCGUGUGCACGCCGCGCCGCCGACACGUCGUCAACGACACCAGCAGCAGCUCGCGCGACCUGGUCGAUGACAACCAUUCGGGAGGCAGUUCGUCCUCGGACACGGAGUCCGGCGCCUCCACGGAGGAAGCGGACAAUGACGCCUACCCGCACGGCGGCCGCCUGUGUGUCGCUAGCCUCGCCAGAUGCCGUCCGCGCGUGCUGCAGGCUCGCUCCAAGAUGUAUCUGUGGAACGUGCUCACCGUGGCCGUGUUCUACACGCUGCCCGUCAUACAACUGGUCGUCACCUACCAGCGGUUGCUCAACCAGUCGGGCAACCAGGACCUGUGCUACUUCAACUUCCUGUGCGCGCACCCGCUGUCGGCGCUGUCGGACUUCAACCACGUGUACUCCAACCUGGGCUACGUGCUGCUCGGCGCGCUGUUCCUGGCGCAGGUGUGGCGGCGCCACCAGCAGCAUCGCCGGAAGACGCCCACGCAGAAGGAGCUGGGCAUCCCGCAGCACUUCGGGCUGCUGUACGCGAUGGGCAUCGCGCUCGUGAGCGAGGGGCUGCUGUCCGCCGCCUACCACGUCUGCCCCAACAGCAUGAACUUCCAGUUCGACACAUCGUUCAUGUACGUGACGUCGGUCCUGUGCAUGGUGAAGAUCUACCAGUCGCGGCACCCCGACAUCAACGCGCGCGCGCACGCCACCUUCGGCGUGCUGGCGCUCAUCAUAUUCAUCGGUCUGGUGGGCGUGCUGAACGCGAACUUCUACUUCUGGGUGGCGUUCACAGCGCUGCACCUGGUCACGUGCCUCAUCAUGACCUUCCAGAUCUACUACCUCGGCCGGUUCCGACUCGACGGCGGCGUGGUGUACCGCGCGGCGCGCGCGCUGCUGCGCCGGCCGCUGGCCGCCGUGACGCCCACGCACUGCGGCCGCUGCGUGCUGCUCGUCAUCGCCAACGUCGCCAACUGGGCGCUGGCCGGCCUGGGCAUGUCGGAGCACAGCCGCGACUUCGCGUCGCACCUGCUGCUGGUGCUGAUGUCCAACCUGUUCCUCUACACGCUGUUCUACAUCGUCAUGAAGCUGCUGCACCGCGAGUCCAUACGCUGGUACAGUUGGAUCUUCAUAGCGACGACGUACACUAUCUGGUUCGGCUCCAGCUACUUCUACCUUGACCUCAGCACCAACUGGGCGCUGACGCCGGCGCAGUCGCGGCAGAGCAACCGCAUGUGCUCGCUGCUGCAGCUGUACGACUCGCACGACGUGUGGCACUUCCUGUCCGCCACCGCCAUGUUCUUCUCCUUCAACAUGUACCUCACCAUCGACGACAACCUCGCCGACACGCCGCGCGACCACAUGAUGGUGUUCUAGUGCUGUUGUCAUUGCACUAGUCGCCAAACAGAUCCGACAAAUUAGCGUGCACUUAUAUUUUCAUGUCUUAUUGAAGUAAAACUUCUUUACGCACGCUUUACUUAAUGAGUAAGUUGCUGUAGGCGUUACGAACAUUUUUAAUUGGGUGAUGUGUGCUGCCAUCUAGUGGCAUAGUGAAAACUGCGUUUUUUAUUUUAAACUACCAGUAGAUGGCGUUCUUAGAGAACUUUGAAACAAUCCCUUUUUGUAUACUUUAAGAAUCUGUUGCGAGGCAGUUGUGACUGGGGCUCAUAGAUGGCGUUUUGCGGAUGCGUCGCGUUGUAUGUAAAGAAAGUUUACUUCAUUGUAGGCGUUAAUAUGAAGGAGUUUUUAAAUUAAACGAUCUCUCCAUUAGUUCAUAAAACUGUUCUACUUGUAAACUGUGCUAUGAUGGUGCGUGUUAGACAAAUUAUAAUAAUUAAACUAAUAUUUUGCCUUAAAAAUCAUGAAAAUCUGCAUUAAAUUAUUUGAAAUUAAAACUCUUAUGCAACGCUAUUUUGCACAGCGUUGAAGUUUAGCAAUAAAAUUGAAGACCUGAUAAACUUGUUAAUUAUAGGGUUUAAAGUGUAUUUCACUAAUUAAGGAAAUCUAAAGAAAAAUGUUCAGUCAUUUUAAUAGGCCACUUCAAAACUUUCUUUAGGUGCCUUGAAAAUUUUUCAUUAGGUAUUAUUUACCAAUACCAAUAUUAAAACGAUUCUUGUAUUAUCAAGAAGUUCCGCUUAACAUAUUUAACAUUAAAGAGGCAUAUUAAAAUGACUAUACUGUUAGAUAUGACAAAAAAUUACAACAUAGUGUUACGAAAUGUUAUGAUUUUAUAAAUUCCUCUCUAUUCACUUAAAUGAAAGAAGAAUGUGGACACAUGUGAGUGUAGAUAUGUAAGUAUGGCUAUACUAAAAACCAACAGUAGCCGUCUGCUUAAGACAACUGUAACUACCUACAUAACCUAGUAUUUUUAUUUACUAUGUCUAUGAAUUAUGAAUUGCUUAUGAAAAGGUAUGAAUCGUGUUCUUAUGUUAAUAAAUGUAAUAUGUGUUCUUAUGUUCGAUAUAGUUGGUCAUAUUAUGUACUUGCUAAUUGUUUAGGCCGUGAACAACCCAUGUUUUGGUGUGGACGGGUAAAGAGGAGCCAUUGUCUAAGAAUCACGGUGCGAAUAGUUGUUCUCGUUGUAUGAAUUGUUUAGUUGUACAGGGUAUAUCUACAGUCAUUAUAUUAUAGUUUAUAAUUAUUAAUAUUAAGAAUCAUUUAUGAUUUCUUAUGAACCAGUGCUUGAGUUUGUUUUUCUUGAUCAGUGUAGGCCACCAGGGCUUCCAAAUAUUAUGGAAAAACACAAUCUUUAUAGUUAAAAAUAAAUUAAUCUACGUACUUCUUUAUUGAAGGGGGAAUUAUGGGCCUGACGUUAUUAUUUCAGGAAUUUCAUGAAAGUAAUAGCAAAUUAUUGACAUUAUCUCCCUAGGCUCCGAGUUAUUCCAGAAAAUACAGAAAUUUUAAAUAUAACAGAUUUAUAUGAAUAGAAAUAUAGAAUAUUCUUGGACACGUUUUUUUAUGUAUUUAACAUUUUCUUCUUUCUUUUUUAACAUUUUAUUGUUUUUUAAAAAUGAGUAAUAGAUUUUUAUAUUUUUUAUUAGUCACAAAUCAUCAAAUUAUGGAAUUAUUUAAAAAGUGAUAUAUUUUAUUAAGAUAUUUUUUUAUUUGAUCCAUAGGCUAGUCCUUUUCCUAGUAGUAUCUAAUAAAAAAUGGCGUCCGUGCACGAAAAUCACAAUGUCACUUAUCCUCUGUACUGUUACGGCCAUAAUAGCAUUAUUUUUAGUUUUCUGUAUGAAUGGUUAAUGUACGAGUAAUUGUAAUGAUCUAAGAAUGUUAAAUCGCUCGACAAGAUCUCGCGGGGAAUGCGUUUGUUGCAGAAGUAUCUAUUCUGAUGGCUGUGUAUUGUGUAUUUUUGUACAGUACUGAGUUUAUGUAACUACGAUUAGGAUCUUGUAAAUAAAUAGCUUUUUUAUGAA